CCCCUGGCGGAGGCGGGCGGCGGGGCGGGGCCGUGGCCCCGCCGCGGCCGCCUGAGUAGCAGCCGCUGCCGGCGCGUUUCGCCUUCCCGCCCCCUCCCUCGGUACUCCCUCCCUCGCCUCCUCGGUCGGGGCAGCAGGAAGCGCCUCUGAUGUCAGCGGCGGUGGCCGCGGCGCGGCUCUGAGCGGCUCCCCCCACCCCGGCCCCCUCGCCCCGCUGCUGCUGCCGCCGCCGGGGCUGGCGGAGGCCGCCAGCUUCGGCCCCGGGUGUACCCCCUUCUCUCCGCCAGGGACGCGCGGCCGAGGCGACUCCCAGGCUCCGCAGAGGCCGCGGCCUAGGGCAGCCGGCGCGGCGCUCCGCGGGGGUGCGGGAGGGCGCGGGAUGCGGAGCGGCGCCGCCGCCGGCGGGGCCUCCACCCGCCGCCACUGAAGCCCGCGGCCGCCGCGGAUGCGGCCUCGCCCCGCGCGGUGGCCCAGGCGGCGCCUCGGCCAGGCCCUCCCCGACCUGCGCCCGAGCGGAGGGCGGGAGCCGCCGCCGCCGCGCCCCGCGUAGCCCCGGCCCAGGCCCUCGGCUGCCCGGCGCCGAGCCCUUCGUCCCCGGCCUGCCCUGGCCUCUCCUCCCCCAGGUGAAAGAGGAGGGAUGUCCGCUGCCGCCUCCGCUGAAAUGAUUGAAACCCCCCCGGUCCUCAACUUCGAAGAAAUCGACUACAAAGAGAUCGAGGUGGAAGAGGUUGUUGGAAGAGGAGCCUUUGGUGUGGUCUGCAAGGCAAAAUGGCGAGCUAAAGAUGUAGCCAUUAAACAAAUAGAAAGUGAAUCUGAAAGAAAAGCCUUCAUUGUAGAGCUUCGACAACUGUCACGAGUAAACCAUCCCAAUAUUGUCAAGUUAUAUGGAGCCUGUCUAAACCCAGUGUGUCUUGUUAUGGAGUAUGCUGAAGGAGGUUCUCUGUACAAUGUGCUGCAUGGUGCUGAACCUCUGCCUCAUUAUACUGCUGCACAUGCCAUGAGUUGGUGUUUACAGUGUUCCCAAGGAGUGGCAUAUCUCCACAGUAUGAAACCAAAAGCUCUAAUUCACAGAGACCUGAAACCACCAAAUUUACUCUUGGUAGCUGGGGGGACAGUUCUAAAAAUCUGUGAUUUUGGUACAGCCUGUGAUAUUCAAACACACAUGACCAACAAUAAGGGAAGUGCUGCUUGGAUGGCACCUGAAGUUUUUGAAGGUAGCAAUUACAGUGAAAAAUGUGAUGUUUUCAGUUGGGGUAUUAUUCUCUGGGAGGUAAUCACCCGUAGGAAACCUUUUGAUGAGAUUGGUGGUCCAGCUUUCCGCAUAAUGUGGGCAGUUCACAAUGGUACUCGGCCACCACUGAUCAAAAACUUACCUAAACCAAUUGAGAGUUUAAUGACCCGUUGUUGGUCCAAGGAUCCCUCGCAACGACCAUCCAUGGAGGAAAUUGUUAAAAUAAUGACACACUUGAUGCGGUACUUUCCAGGAGCUGAUGAACCUCUGCAGUAUCCAUGCCAGUAUUCAGAUGAAGGCCAAAGCAACUCUGCCACUAGUACAGGUUCUUUCAUGGACAUCACUUCUACAAACACAAGUAAUAAGAGUGAUGCUAACAUGGAACCAAGUGACUUCCAAGGAGCUUCUACCAAUGACACUAUUAAACGUUUAGAGUCAAAAUUGGCACAGCAAAUGAAAAAUACAGCCAAGCAGCCGGGUGAUCCUGGCCGUUUGAGUUUACCCCCAUCUCGUGGGAGUAGUGUGGAGAGCUUGUCAGAUGUUCGCGCACGACCACAGUCAGCCCUUGUUUCAGGAGAAGCCAAAAGGAUGAGUGCUGAUAUGUCCGAAAUAGAAGCAAGAAUAGCUUCCAUCACAGCCUAUUCCAAGCCUAAACGAGGCCAUCGUAAAACUGCUUCAUUUGGCAACAUUCUGGAUGUCCCUGAGAUCAUCAUACCAGCAGGAAACGGACAGCAGAGGCGCAGAUCCAUUCAAGAUCUCAGUGUUGCUGGAACAGAGUCCAGUCAGGAGAGUAGAAACAGCAGUAGAUCAUCUAGUCCUAGUGUGAGAAUGAUCACUACCUCGGGACCAACCUCUGAAAAGCCAACUCGUAAUCCAUGGACACCUGAUGAUGCAGCUGCUCUUGGAGAUAGCAUAGUCUUUGAGGGCAACACCUUAGUUUCUCUACCACGACUACUCUGUGGCAGGUGCUUUUGGGGUAUGGAGACCAAUGGGUCAGAUAACUCCAUCCCAAUGGCAUAUCUUACAUUAGAUCAUCAGUUACAGCCUCUAGCACCAUGCCCAAACUCCAAAGAAUCUAUGGCUGUGUUUGAACAGCACUGCAAAAUGGCACAAGAAUAUAUGAAAGUUCAGACAGAAAUCGCAUUGCUGUUGCAGAGGAAACAAGAACUAAUAGCAGAACUGGACCAGGAUGAAAAAGACCAGCAAAACACAUCCCGUCUGGUACAAGAACAUAAAAAGCUGUUAGAUGAAAACAAAAGUCUUUCAACUUACUAUCAGCAAUGCAAAAAACAAUUAGAGGUCAUCAGAAAUCAGCAACAGAAACGGCCAGGCACAUCAUGAUUUCCUGGGACCUUUCAAAUGAAAAAUAUGCACAGAAAAGACUGAUAUUUUUUUUUUAUUGUUAUUAUUAUCCCUUAUUAUGACAACUCAUGAGUGUUAGCUUCUUGGUGUGAUCUGUAUUUGUCUGCUACACUUAACAUCAUUUAAUUUUCUUUUUCCUAUGGUGGACAUCCAGUUCAACAGGUUAAUUGAAUAAGGUGAGAAAACAGUGGCUUGAAUUAAUCAACAGCCCUCAAUUUAAGGCAAGAACAGUGGCUGUAUGCAUGCUCCUUGUGUGAAGGCUAGCCUAACAAGUGUUAAAGUGGCUGCUAAAUUGUAAGAUCUUGUUUUUAGUUUUUUUGGUGUUACCUCGAUAAGAGCAAAACAAAAACUUUCCUGUUUAAGAAUGGUUUUGUUCCAGUGUCUCAUCUCAAACUAUUAUGACGAUUAUGUUCAGGUCUUAAACAUGCACCAAGCUGCAGAGGUGAUGUUGGCUGACCAGAGUAAUUCAUGAUGCAUUAGUGAUGCCUUUUACCUGUAGACAUAGUGUAUUUUUUCCACAUGCAAAAUGGUAGGCAAACUGAUGCCAGCAUCCUUGGUUCAGUGCUUGAUAGCCCUGCAUUUUGACUAAUAUAUUUCUUGUAAUCUUGCAUUCAUAAAAUAUUUGAAGUAAAAGGCUGUAUUUUCUUUACUUUCUUGGGGGGGAUGACAUGACAUGAAUGAUCAUUUAGUUACUGGGCAAAAGUUAUGAAGGUGAUUCACUGGGCAAAGUUGGUCCCUUCUGUAAAAGAGAGAAAGAAUCAAAAUGUGUGAAAAUGUGUUUAAAUUCCUUAAGGCUUUUGUCCCUGUAGCAUCUUUGGAAGGAAAUGCAGAAAGCAAAUUAAUACAAAACUUCAAAUACUUGCUCCCUU